CUCGCCCCAGUCUCUUACCCUCCUGUGUGUUACACGCACGACCAGUACAACAGUACGAUAGUGACGGUUAGAAUGGUGUAAUGUGCAGACAAAACUGCGUGAAUUUUGAUCUCAGCUCUUAUUGUUUAGACGUGAUCGAUAGCGUGUUUAUGCUUGUUACUUAAUGAAGAAAACCAUGGCUUCAACAACUUGGCUAACACUUGGCAACAACACUGCACAGUCAACGCGUGAAUACGUGCUGGAACAAAACUCAACUUUCGCCGUCAACAUUGUAAAAGAAGCAUUAGGCGAAAACAUAGAUUUGUCAAAGGAUACAAUCUAUAGGACGUUGUCGACGUGUGUUGGAGAAGUGUUGGCAAAUUGUGAGUCACCUAUGCAGCAGCUAGUAAACAGACUGGACCUUUCUCGUGGUGUUGGCCAUGAUAAAUUUGCUUCAUUAGCUGAUGAACUCUUUGAAGCAGAAAAUGGGUUUAUUGUGCUAUGGGAGAGGAUUGUGACUUUGUUUGCCUUCACAUGGGUACUUAGCAAGCAGCUACAUACAGACCCUAUUGUAUCAUCCAGCAAUGUCAGCAAGAUACUUGCGAGCUACCUAAAUGACAAAAUUACUCCAUGGAUCUUGCAACAAGGAGGCUGGAUUAAGAUCUGCAAUGAAUUUGAAGGUGACACAUCUACAUCAAACAAGUGGAAGUACUUCUUUUUGACAGGACUGGGCAUUGGUCUGGUUGCCACUUAUAAACUGACACAUUAAACCUGUAAUUUUCCUCUUGUAUGUGUAUUGUAUGUUUAUUUAAUUUUAAAUGAUUACAAUUAUUCUCCAAAAAUA